AUGCCAAGCGAAGGCACUCACUUCAGCUAUGGGAACCUCCGGAAGAGGCACGGCCACUCCCACAUCACAGCUGAAGCGGCCAUGGGAAUUGGCAUCCUGAUAGCGAUUCUGGGAAUUUUACUGCUCAUCGGCUGCUGGUAUUGUAGAAGACGAAGUGGAUACAGGACCUUGACGGACAAGCACCUCCGUGUUGGUACUCAAAGUACCUUAACAGGAACAUGCCCAUGUGAAGGGUUUGGUCAUCAGGACAGUAAACUGUCUUUUAAAGAGAAAAAUUGUAAAACUGUGGUUCCCAAUGCUCCACCUGCUUAUGAAAAACUUUCUGCAGAGCAGUCACCACCACCUUAUUCACCUUAAGAGCCAGCGAGGAACCUGAGAAAUGCUCGAAGUGAUUUUCCUCACACUUGUGCUUGAAUUUAACAUAGACAUCUAAUGUUCUGCUUUGGAAUGCUGCAGAAACCAUGUACAUCAUCUCUAAUAACAAGCCAGUGUUAAAUUCUAGUAGGGCAACUAGCAGUACUAAUCAAGUGAAGAAAUGAUGAGAAAUAGUAAAAUGGGAAAAACUUUAUCAAUAAAUGUUGUAAUACAUGAUACUAUGUUUCGGUAUAAAUGCU